GGGCCCCGGAGGCUGUGCCGGGGGACGGGGCCGGCGCGGGCCGCCAGAGGAAGCUGGAGGCGCUGAUCCGAGACCCCCGGUCCCCCAUCAACGUGGAGAGCUUGCUGGAUGGCUUGAAUUCCUUGGUCCUUGAUUUGGAUUUUCCUGCUUUGAGGAAAAACAAGAAUAUAGAUAAUUUCUUAAAUAGAUAUGAGAAAAUUGUGAAAAAAAUCAGAGGUUUGCAGAUGAAGGCAGAAGACUACGACGUUGUGAAAGUCAUUGGGAGAGGUGCUUUUGGUGAAGUCCAGUUGGUUCGGCAUAAGGCAUCACAGAAAGUGUAUGCUAUGAAGCUUCUUAGUAAGUUUGAAAUGAUCAAAAGGUCAGAUUCUGCUUUUUUCUGGGAAGAAAGAGAUAUUAUGGCCUUUGCCAACAGUCCCUGGGUGGUUCAGCUCUUUUGUGCCUUCCAAGACGAUAGGUAUCUGUACAUGGUAAUGGAGUACAUGCCUGGCGGAGACCUUGUCAACCUUAUGAGUAACUAUGAUGUACCCGAAAAGUGGGCCAAGUUUUACACUGCAGAAGUAGUCCUCGCUCUGGAUGCAAUACACUCCAUGGGCUUAAUACACAGAGAUGUGAAGCCAGACAACAUGCUUUUGGAUAAACAUGGACACCUAAAAUUAGCAGAUUUUGGCACGUGUAUGAAGAUGGAUGAAACCGGCAUGGUGCACUGUGACACAGCAGUCGGAACACCGGAUUACAUAUCACCCGAGGUGCUCAAGUCUCAAGGGGGUGAUGGCUACUACGGGCGAGAAUGUGAUUGGUGGUCUGUAGGGGUUUUCCUUUUUGAGAUGCUGGUGGGGGAUACUCCAUUUUAUGCAGAUUCGCUUGUAGGAACAUAUAGCAAAAUCAUGGAUCAUAAAAACUCACUAUGUUUCCCUGAAGAUGCAGAAAUUUCUAAACAUGCGAAGAAUCUCAUCUGUGCCUUCUUAAUGGAUAGGGAGGUACGGCUUGGGAGAAACGGUGUAGAGGAAAUCAAACAGCACCCUUUCUUUAAGAAUGACCAGUGGAAUUGGGAUAACAUCAGAGAAACUGCCGCUCCUGUAGUCCCUGAACUCAGCAGUGACAUAGACAGCAGCAAUUUUGAUGACCUUGAAGAUGAUAAAGGAGAUGUGGAAACAUUUCCAAUUCCUAAAGCUUUUGUGGGAAAUCAACUGCCAUUUGUAGGAUUCACCUACUAUCGAGAAAAUUUGUUAUUAAGCGACUCUCCAUCUUGUAGAGAAAAUGAUUUGAUACAAUCAAGGAAAAAUGAAGAAAGUCAAGAGAUGCAGAAAAAGAUAGACACGUUAGAAGAACACCUUAGCAAUGAGAUUCAAGCCAAAGAAGAGCUGGAACAGAAGUACAAAUCUGCUAAUAACCGCCUAGAGAAAAUCACAAAGGAGCUAGAAGAAGAGGUCACCUUAAGGAAAAAUGGGGAGUCGUCACUAAGACAGCUGGAGAGAGAAAAGGCUCUUCUACAGCACAGACACGCAGAGCACCAGCGGAAAGCCGACCACGCAGCGGAGAAGAAGCGAAAUCUAGAAAACGAUGUUAACAGCUUGAAAGAUCAACUUGAAGAGUUGAAAAAAAGAAAUCAAAACUCCCAAAUGUCCACAGAGAAAGUGAAUCAACUGCAGAGACAACUGGAUGAAACAAACGCUUUGCUGAGGACAGAAUCUGACACCGCUGUCCGCUUGAGGAAAACCCAGGCAGAAAGCUCCAAACAGAUUCAGCAGUUGGAAUCUAAUAAUCGAGAUCUGCAGGAUAAAAACUGCCUGUUGGAGACCGCCAAAUUAAAACUUGAGAAGGAGUUUAUCAAUCUUCAGUCAGCCCUAGAAUCUGAAAAGAGAGAUCGAACCCAUGGAUCAGAGAUAAUUAAUGAUUUACAAGGUAGAAUAUCUGGCUUAGAAGAAGACUUAAAGAAUGGCAAAAUUUUAUUAGCAAAAGCAGAGAUGGAGAAGAGGCAGCUGCAGGAGAGACUCACAGACUUGGAAAAGGAAAAAAGCAACAUGGAAAUAGACAUGACGUACCAACUGAAAGUCAUGCAGCAGACCCUAGAACAAGAAGAAGCGGAGCAUAAGACUACAAAAGCCCGGCUAGCAGAUAAAAAUAAGAUCUACGAGUCCAUUGAAGAAGCGAAGUCGGAAGCCAUGAAAGAAAUGGAGAAGAAACUCCUAGAGGAAAGGAUGUUAAAGCAGAAAGUGGAGAACCUGUUGCUGGAGGCUGAGAAAAGAUGUUCUAUAUACGAUUGUGACCUCAAACAGUCACAGCAGAGAGUGAACGAGCUCCUUAAACAGAAAGAUGUGCUAAAUGAGGAUGUUAGGAACUUGACGUUGAGAAUAGAACAGGAAACGCAGAAGCGCUGCCUUACACAGAAUGACCUGAAGAUGCAAACACAGCAGGUGAACACCCUGAAAAUGUCUGAAAAGCAGUUGAAGCAAGAGAACAACCACCUUCUGGAGAUGAAAAUGAGCUUGGAGAAACAAAAUGCUGAACUUCGGAAAGAACGCCAGGAUGCAGAUGGGCAGAUGAAGGAGCUCCAAGACCAGCUUGAAGCCGAGCAGUAUUUCUCAACACUCUACAAAACACAGGUUAGGGAACUUAAAGAGGAAUGUGAAGAGAAGACCAAACUUGGUAAAGAAUUACAGCAGAAGAAACAAGAAUUACAGGAUGAGCGGGACUCUUUGGCUGCCCAGCUGGAGAUCACCUUGACCAAAGCAGACUCUGAACAGCUGGCUCGUUCGAUUGCUGAAGAGCAGUAUUCUGACUUGGAAAAGGAGAAAAUCAUGAAAGAGCUGGAGAUCAAGGAGAUGAUGGCCCGACACAAACAGGAGCUCACAGAAAAAGAUGCUACCAUUGCGUCGCUUGAAGAAACUAAUAGGACGCUAACCAGUGAUGUUGCCAAUCUUGCAAAUGAGAAAGAAGAAUUGAACAACAAACUGAAAGAUGCUCAAGAGCAGCUAUCAAGGCUGAAAGAUGAAGAAAUAAGUGCAGCGGCUAUUAAAGCACAGUUUGAGAAGCAGCUGCUGAGUGAGAGAACACUGAAGACUCAAGCUGUGAAUAAGUUGGCUGAGAUCAUGAACCGGAAAGAGCCCGUCAAGCGUGGCAGUGACACCGACGUGCGGAGGAAAGAGAAGGAGAACCGGAAGCUGCACAUGGAGCUGAAGUCCGAACGCGAGAAGCUGACCCACCAGAUGAUCAAGUACCAGAAGGAGCUGAAUGAGAUGCAGGCCCAAAUCGCCGAAGAGAGCCAGAUUCGUAUAGAACUGCAGAUGACCCUGGACAGUAAAGACAGUGACAUCGAGCAGCUGCGGUCACAGCUUCAGGCCCUGCACAUUGGGCUCGAUAGUUCCAGCAUCGGCAGCGGGCCGGGGGAUGCCGAGCCAGACGAUGGAUUUCCAGCCCGUAUCACCCAGUCACACACUCUGGAGUCCGUGUCCUUCACCUACCAGUGCGCCUCCACUUCCCUCAGUGUGGCCUCGCAGCCUGCCAGGGCACGCAUGCGCCUUGACUCGGAGUCUGACUCCGAAGAAGACUCCUUGCCCGCCUUACCGCUGUCAUCGGAGCCUAAUGGUACAGAAUCGAGGUUAGAAGGGUGGCUGUCCUUGCCCGUGCGAAACAACACCAAGAAGUUUGGAUGGGUUAAAAAGUAUGUGAUUGUAAGCAGUAAGAAGAUCCUUUUUUAUGACAGUGAACAGGAUAAAGAGCAGUCUAAUCCAUACAUGGUUUUAGAUAUAGACAAGUUGUUUCAUGUCCGACCAGUAACACAGACAGACGUAUAUCGAGCAGAUGCUAAAGAAAUACCGAGGAUAUUCCAGAUUUUGUAUGCCAACGAAGGCGAGAGUAAGAAGGAACCGGAGUUUCCAGUGGAACCAGCGGGUGAAAAAUCAAAUUAUAUUUGCCACAAGGGACAUGAGUUUAUUCCUACUCUCUAUCACUUCCCCACCAACUGUGAGGCUUGCAUGAAGCCUCUGUGGCACAUGUUUAAGCCGCCCCCUGCUCUGGAGUGCCGUCGCUGCCACAUGAAGUGCCACAAGGACCACAUGGACAAGAAGGAGGAGGUGAUCGCUCCCUGCAAAGUAUAUUACGAUAUUUCAACGGCGAAGAACCUGUUGUUGUUAGCCAGUUCCACAGAAGAGCAGCAGAAGUGGGUGAGUCGGUUGGUGAAAAAGAUCCCCAGAAAGCCUCCGGCCCCAGACCCCUUCGCCCGGUCGUCCCCCAGGGCUUCCAUGAAGGCCCCGCCGAGCCAGGCUGCCCGACGGCCGAGCCGACAGCUGGUCCCAAACAAGCCCAGACUGCUUGAUCUGGCGUUUAAAGACUGGGAUUGGUCAUUUGAUGAUGUUGAUGAUGGUGAUGAUGAUGAUGACGAUGUUUUUGAUUUCUGAAGAAACAAAAGGGCUAACUGCCUUCUAUGAAUGCAGCCAUUACUCAAGGUAAUCGUAUUCUUCCAGUUAAAACAAGACUGAGAGAUGACGGCCCACAGUUUAUCCAAAAGCUCUGUUUUCCGGAGAGACUGAUGUCUACACACAUAAGUAUAUGUGUCCCCCUUUGUCCUGCGGCAUAGAUUACAAAGUUUGGAGCAAUUUCUGGACCCCUUUGAAGCAAUGAGUUGUUGAUCGAACAAGGACGCCGUCUACGGCCCGUCCACGCGGGCUUCCUGGAGCUCUCCUGGCGCCACCCACACUACAUCGCACACAAGGACUGAGAAUAGUCAGACUUUCAAGAACUCAUCUUCUCAGCUUCGGCAGAGCAGUUUCACCAGCACAUUUACCAGAAGAAUCUGGGCGUGAUCCCACUACAGUGAUGAAGACUGCGUCUUUAAGAAGUGACCAUUGUACUGUGUGUGUGUGUGUGCAUGUGCGCGUGUGUGUACGCUUACACACACACACACACACUCACAGUACUGUCAUUCUGUAGGGGGUUUGUAAAACUUCCCACUUUAUUUUUUUAUACAUAUGAAUCAGAUUUCGUUACUACAGUUGCAGCUCGCACUUGUGUGAAGCCAUAAUGUUGGUUUCUAUCAUUGACUGUGUGGGCCUGACGGAAGCUGCAUGCUAGAGUUGAAGCAGCUGUUGUAGCAGUGAGUCUCACCUUCGUGCUCCGUGUCCCGAUGCUUCAUCAUAGGCCACUUUACCCUUUUUGAAUGCCUUAAUUUAAUUUCUUUUUCGAAGUCUUAGCCCUUUAGCUGUAUUUAAGAAACAAAAAAUCAACCAAGUGCUAGUUUACCGCUAUUAGGAUGCAAAUUUGCUUUGUGGAAGAAACAUAGUGCACUAUUUUUUCACAGAAUAGUUCUAUCCAUGUCAGUCUAUUUUGAUUGUAUAACUAUCUUUUUUUAAGUAUUGGUCCUAGAAACAAUAAUGGAUAGUAUUCAGACUAAUAUAUCUUUGAUGUAGAACUAUUACUCUUCCAGCCCCUUACAGACCUCCGUGUUAGCCUGCGACUUAGUGCUACGAAAUGUUUUCUUUGUUUUGAACUUACUGGGUAUCCUAAAUAUGUCUUUAUUUCUGGUUUUAAAAAAAUUGUGACUUUUUUACAUUUCAUACUCAAAAUUGAAAAAUUGUCUCAGAUAUAAGAAAACGAUGAUAUACUGUAGAUAAAUUUUAAAUAUGAAAUGUGAUCCUCAAACACAACUCUGUAUGGCAAUACUUCAGUACCAGGUCGAAGCAACUAGUUAUUGGGAAGAAGCAGCCUCAAAGGCACUUCAUUUUCUUUUAAUUUUAAAAAUGCUAUAAAGUGAAUAGUUGAUGCAGGCCCAUUCCUGCUACAUCCUCAUCAGACCAGACAAACAUGUGUCAAUACACUAUGGUGUGCAGCAAUGGUAAUCAAGUGAGAGAGAAACCACGUGGUUUUUAUCAGCCUUCUCUUUAUGUGUCUACACACACGUGGUAGGGUAUUGACCGAUCCCUAAUAUCUCAAUAAAGAAAGGCAUUUUGUUGAUUCCCUCUAGGGUCAGCAUAGGGUUGUUCAAGCAUUCGGUCUACAGCUGCCGAUCAUGUCAUGGAAAUGGGAAGUGGCCCACGGACACGCGGGAAGGGAGUGUCGUCCUCGCGACGGGGUCUGCUGGAAUGAGCGGCACAGCCGCCGCCCUCGCAGACAGGGGUGGGGGUGGGGGUAGGUCCUGUGGUUCUGGUUUUGAGGCAAAGCUUUUUUUAAAAUAAGAUUUAAAAAGGAAAAAUAUAUGAAAUUUAUAUAGAAUAAUUAUUUCCAUUCAUUAGACUUGUUUAAGGAGACUGAAUUAAUAUUUUAUAUAAAGAUUUUGCUACCUUAUGGGAGGUUCUAUCCUUUUAUUCAGAAUUGGAGAGAAUAUAUAUAUAUAUUUUUAAUAAACUUUAUUAAGAUGAAA